UAGAAUUUACCAUAAUAUGAGAAAAAUCAUAUGGUUGUUGUGCUUUGUUUAAUGUGUAUUGUGAUAGUGGUUUGACCUAGAUAAUCGUGGUUUAUGUAAUAAUUAGUAAUUAUUUGUAUAUAUUUUCUCGUUUUAUCAAACUUCCGGCCUAUGAUCAUAAUUUUUGAAGCGAUUGAUCUCCCUGGGCACCGCGGCGAAGUGACAUCGCUCAGGGAGGCAUGACGCGUGGGUGGUGAGUCUCGCCAUGGCCGCGGGGAGCAGGUCGGUGUCGCGCAGCCCCCGGAGGCGGCGCGACGCCUCGCCGCCGCCGGGCCACAAGGGGCGGCUCCGUUCGCCGGCGGGGGGCGGCAGGAGGGACGAGGCGCCGCGACGCCAGGCGUCCGUCCGCCGGACCGUGGACCGCGAGGCGCGGCAGUCGGCGGUGCGGGGGCGCCCGGACGACAAGCCCAGCCGCGCCCACUCGCAGGCGCGGUCGGUGCGGGGGGAGGACCCGGACCGCUGGCCCCACGACAGGUUCCUGGAGAGCCUGGGCGCCGGCCGCGGGGCGCCCCAGCACCACCGCCACCGCCGCCUGCCAGAGGAUGACUUCAUGGACCAGCGCCGCCAGGAGCGGGAGCGCAUCGGGCUGCUGGGGGCGGCGCAGCUGUGGGGCAAGACCCCGCCCCGCUGCGACGAUUCGGAUGAAAUAGACGCGGCUGCCGGUGAGGCGUUGAAGAGACGAGAUGCCGACGCCAUGUCCGUGGAAACAGGCAAGAAGAAGAAGAAGAAGAAACUCAAGUCCCACAAGAAGAAGAAGAGCAAGAAACACAAGAAAGAGAAGAAGAAGAGAAAGAAGCGGAGGAAGAAGGAGUCGUCCUCCAGCAGCGACUCUGCGGACUCUGCCUCGGACGAGGAGAAGGUGGAGCUGUGGGUGGAGAAGAACCGGGCGGAGGGCUCCGGCUCGGAGGACGAGGACGGCAUGGUGGGGCCGGUGCAGAAGCAGCACGUCACGCUGUCCCAGAAGGACUUCGGCAAGGCGCUGCUCCCCGGGGAGGGCGCCGCCAUGGCCGCCUACGUCGCGGAGGGCAAGAGGAUCCCGCGCCGGGGGGAGAUCGGCCUCACCUCCGACCAGAUCGCUUCCUUCGAGUCGGUCGGCUACGUCAUGAGCGGCAGCAGGCACCGGCGAAUGGAGGCGGUGCGUAUCCGCAAGGAGAACCAGAUCUACUCGGCGGACGAGAAGCGGGCGCUGGCCAUGUUCAGCAAGGAAGAGCGGCAGAAGAGGGAGAACAGGAUCCUCAGCCAGUUCAAGGAGAUGGUCAAGAACAAGCUGUCGACAGAGAACGGCAGUGAGUAGUAGGGCUGCAUCUGGCUCACCUGCUCCGGUGUAAGAUUACCAACUUGUAGCUGUCCACCAAUAUCUUACCUGUCAUCAUUGGCAUUUUUUUUUUUCUUUUUUGUUUGCAGUAUUUUUUCCUUGUGAUCAAAAAUCUAGUAUUUACAGACAAGAUUUUAUGGUUUUGUUUUUAGACCAAUUUUGUUUCUAAAACAUGAUAUUUCUGGGUUAUUGUUAUUAUUAUUUUAUGAAUCAUGCUUAUUCAUAAAGAUAACGCAUUAUUCCACAAAUAUGACACUUAAAUUUUUAUUGAUACUUGUUUCAACAAACCCAGUCAUUUUGACUGAUGCUUGAUGCACUUUUACAUUAAUUACAAUAUAAUAUAAUAGUUUGUAUAGAGCAUGUUUAAUUUAUCGGAACAGUAAAAAUAAAUCUGCAAAUAUUUGUACCAAUUUUGCAAUGUAAAAUUGAGUUUUAAUGUAGCCAUAGUAAAUUUAAAAAAAUCAUCCAUUCAUGCAAAAUGAAUUACAUUGAAUUCAAUAGACCGUAUUUACUCGCAAAUGAGUUGCGCCUUUGUAUGGGUUGCACCCUUAAUUUUGGGCCAAAAAAUCUAACUUUUUCACGGUAAGAAUUACCCUCGAAUAUGAGUUGUGCCAUAAAUGUCUCCAGUAUAAUACAAGUUAAGUCUUUAUGGUCAGUGCCUCAGCUCACACAUUCACGUACUUCCUUUCUCUCUUUUCAAUAGGUGACAGACUUGGCUUAAUGACAUAGUUCAUGAUGCUUUACACUCACUGCUGAGAUAGUUUAAUUAAACAAUUUAUGUUUACUCGUGAUACAUUUAUUAAAAACAAACACAGGCUAGUUAUUUAAGCAUAUAGUCAACCAUGACAGUGCAAUGUUAUUUCUUUUUACCCGAAAUGGAAAAUUUGCAUAUUGACGCAGUACAUUUGUUAAAAAAAUCGGCAUAAAAUCUGUGACCCAUAAGCAGGUAAAUACGGUACUAAAAGAUGUUAUUGCAAUUUAAACUAGUGUUUUUAUUUUCAAAUGUUGAUAUUUUAUGAUUUUAGUUGCAUUUCAGUGCUUUGUGAUGUGUUACCUAACUUAAAAUGUUUGUGGUAUAUGGUACAGUGAUAUUUCUUUUCGGUAUUAUUUUGGUUUUAUCGCUAUUCACCAUAUAAUCUUGUCCAUACUAUUAUUUAUAUAUUUUCUCUCUUCAAUUUAAUUUAAAAUAGAAUUGAAAUGAUAACUGACCUGUCAGUAAAGAAAGGUAUUGAGUGUGCUGUUCUGCUGUAAAAUAUUGUGUAUAAAGUUCUAUUGUCUCUUAGUUUUUGGUAAAUGCUGAUUAUGUAACCCACCAACUGUUAUAACCAAAGUAAAAAUUAAGUGUUCUUAUUUCAUAGAAUGCAUUUAUUUAUAGGUUGAGGAGUACAUGCAAGUAUAAAGGUAUUCAUAAAAAUGGUUUGUUAUUGAUAAUACUAUUCCUAAAUCAAAAAUUUCAACUCAGCAUGUUGAAUGCAAGUGUUUAAAUAUCAAUAAGAAACUAAGAGGAAUGGUUUCACUGCUCUAUGAAUGUUAUAAGUUAUUCUUAUAAACUAUCAUAAUUAGUAACUUUGUUUCAUAUAUGUACAUAAUACUUAAUUUUGGAAAUAUUGCUGGUUUUGUAAUUGAUGUUUUGAUUAAAGUGCAGUUUGUUGUCAACUUA